GGCAGCCCUCGCGCGGCGCGGCCUUGCGCGGUGCGUGCGGCGCGGGCGCCUCGGCGGCUCCAGAAGUUUCCUGGGGGCGGCGGCGGCGGCGGCGGCAUGGAGGCGGCAGCGGCAUCGGCAGCGGCCCCGCCGCGGUUCUCGGACGCGGACGUCGACCGGGACCCGGGGGCGGCGGCGCAGGAACUGACAACAGCUUUGGAAGAGAAUCCAGAUGAUGCCGAAUGUUAUUGUCAACGAGCUUAUGCUCAUAUUCUUCUACAGAAAUAUGCUGAUGCAGUUGCAGAUGCAAAAAAGUCUUUAGAACUCAACCCAAAUAAUGCUGUAGCGCUCCUUAGAAAAGGGUUAGGUGAAUAUCAUAUCAAAAACUAUGCAUCUGCUUUAGAGUCUUUCAAAGAGGGACAGAAGCUGGACAAUGUAGAUGAUACCUUUACUAUUUGGAUUAAAAGAUGUGAAGAAACACUGAAUGCAUCACAGACUGAUUUGAAUAUGCAGCAGCCUCUGCCACCAAAGAUCAAAUAUGACUGGUACCAAACAGAAUCUCAAGUAAUUGUGACCAUAAUGAUCAAGAAUGCACAGAAGGAUGAUGUCAGUGUGCAGUUUUUGGAGAGAAAGAUGAAUGCAUCAGUGAGACUUCCAUCAGGUGAAGACUUCAACUUAAAGCUUGAUCUUCUUCAUUCUAUAGUGCCAGAGCAAAGUACUUUUAAAGUGCUUUCAACAAAGAUUGAGAUAAAAAUGAAGAAGCCAGAGGCUGUAAGAUGGGAGAAGCUGGAAGGCCAGGGAGAUUCUCCUAAGUUAAAACAAUUUACACCAGAUACCCAGCACUUAUACCCAUCAUCGUCUCACUAUACAAGGAACUGGGACAAACUGGUAGUUGAAAUCAAAGAAGAGGAGAAAAAUGAGAAGUUAGAAGGAGAUGCUGCUUUAAAUAAACUAUUCCAGCAAAUCUAUUCAGAUGGUACAGAUGAAGUAAAACGUGCCAUGAACAAAUCAUUCAUGGAGUCUGGUGGCACAGUUCUGAGCACCAACUGGUCUGAUGUUGGUAAAAGGAAGGUAGAAGUAAAUCCUCCUGAUGACAUGGAAUGGAAAAAAUUCUAAUCCUAUUUCCGAUCUUUACCAUCUGUGUGUUGCCAUAGUCAUGUACUGACCACUAUGUAUGGACAUAGCAUUCUUGGAUUCAAAGCACUGAAUGUUCCCUUGAAAACAGGAAUUGUCUGUACAUUUUGCGUGCUUUAGAAAUUCCUUCAUCUGCAGAUCUUAAAGAUAUACUCAAGAGUGGAACCCUAUUUUUAUCAUCUGUCUUAAUUUCUGGGAAUUGAGUCCAUCAAUCCAAAUUUUCUACCACCUUUAUCAGCUCUCCUCUUUGGGAUAGGGUGAUCUCUAAUGGCUGGUCAGGAUUAUUGCCUUACACCUGGUAUUUCUGUUCAAUAACUUAUUAGAUCUUGGCAAUUUUGGGUAAAAACACUUUUCACAACAGUGUUAAAAUUGUUUGCUCCUUAACUCUGCUAAAUAAAACUGUAAAUACAA